AUGGAAUCAUUAAGAAUAGUAUUCUGUAUUCAAUAUCAAAAUGGAAAAAUUGGUCAUGAUCGCAAAAUAUUAAAUGAACAAAAUUACCUUCAAUCAAGUCAAUGCUCAUCAUUUAAUUUUAAUAAUACUGAAUCAAACUAUAUAAUUAAUGAAACAACCAAAUCUUUUCAAAACGUUAAUGUUAGAGUUUGUAAUUUAAAACGUAAAUUUGAUGAGUAUAAAAUAUCAAGGAACACAAUUCAUUCAAUACAAGUAUUGAAACAAAUUAAUAAGGAAUUUAUAGCAGCUAUAACAAAUGAAAAAGAUAAAAAGGUAUUAAUAAUCAUAGAUCAACAUGCAGUUCAUGAAAGAAUACGUUAUGAGGGGCUUAUAGAAUGUAAAAAAAAUAGCUACGAUUAUUUAUCUGUGAAAUUAAAUAAAGAAUUACACAUAUCAGAUAUCAGUGAAAAGUUACUCGAACUUAUUGUUUUACAUAAAGAAGUAUUUAAUAGAGUCGGUAUAAAUGUCAAAUCUGUCAUUGAUUCAACUACAUGUUUAAUAGAUGCUGUACCUGAAUGCUUCAUAAAAAAAGUAAAAAGUUAUAAUAAAGAAAAUAAUUUCUACAGAUUAAUGAAAAAUGUGAGACAAUUGUUAUUGGAAAUAGCUAAUGGACUAGCAAUAUCAACAAAUAUUUUACCACCUAUUCUUCCAAUUACUAUACAUAAUGUUAUUGCUAGCGAAGCUUGCCAUGAAGCUAUAAAAUUUGGCGAUCCUCUGAAUGUGGAUGAAUGCUUAUUACUUAUUCAGGCAUUACAAGAUACCAAAGCACCUAUUCGAUGCGCACAUGGACGACCGUCAAUCAUACCAUUAAUUGAUUUAGCAGAUAUAGAAAAACGAAAAUCUUCUGAAAAUAAAAUACUGAAUUUUGAUUCUUUAAAGACUAAAACUUAAAUACGAAAUUAAAUCUCCC